AUGUCCAAUAUUCACGGAGCAGUAGGAGAAACGGCCCUGAAAUGCCACAGCGAGACCUCCUCCGCGACCAGAUCCCUGAGGCUGGCUGAUGACGGAAUAGCCGUUCAGGCACAGUUCAAUAUGGGACGAAUAGUCCAAGUCCCGCUGCCAGGGAGCAAAGAGCAGACGACCAAUUUCAUUAAACUCCGGAGCGACAAUGAGCAACUGUUUACCGGUGCCAAAAACUCAGCCACUGUGGGUUGGAGGGCCAUUCUUGAAAAGAUGGGCCUGCAGGGUAAAGUCACCCUUUUGCAGGCGAAAAAAAAAUGGGACAAUCUAAAAAAGAAAUAUAAAGACUUCAAGUAUCCAGGGUCAGGCGAGGGAGUGAGCAGGAAGCCCACUGCUGCUGCUUGGCCCUGGUUUCCCCUCAUGGAUGAGGUGUUAGGACAUAGGCCUUCUACCAAGCCUCCAGUGCUAAUUGGUUCCAUCCAUGAGGACACUCCAGGGCCCAGAUCAGCAGUGGGCAACCAAGUGUUGGAUUAUGAAGAGCAGGAAGAUGAGGGCCAGGUGGAGCAAAGAGGCGCAAAAAGAAAGAAGGACAGGGAUGAGUUUUUGGAUUUGAUCAGAGAGGACAUGAGAUGGCAGAGGGAAAUGGAGGAAAGAAGAGCACAGGAGUCAAAAGAUAGAAUGGACAGACUGUUUGGUUUACUUGAAAAACUUGUUAUCACGUUCACAAACUUUGGUGUCCAUGCUAUUUGCCUGCCAGGCUAA